CAUGAGGGAAGCCAUUAAGAUAGUCAUUAAAAAUGUUGUAGCAUACAUUUGUAUGUAACUGCUCUUCAAAUUGUCUUUGGUGACAUCUCGGCUGUCAUCAUGCAAGCUGUUGCUUUUCUCCCUCUUGCGCUCAUCUUUGCCAUCUUCAGCUCUGGGAUGUGUGAAGACACAGUGGCGGAGGACCUGGGACAGCACCAGCUGGAGCGUCUGGUGGACCUGCUGACCCUGACGGAGUGCAAGAACCUCCACGCCAGCUUAGCCGGGCCCGAGGAGGACGUCCUGGGGCACAUCCAGCAGCUCUCCCCCGAGAACAAUGACCUCGGCCUGCUGGAACAGCGACGGCGGCGACGGAGGGACGCUAGCGAUAUUGAAAGCGUGGCCCAGUGUCGGACUGCCCUGACAGACUGGCUGCAGCUGCAUGGAGAACAGACGUAUUACGACAGGCUGUCUCACGCGCUACAGCAGAUUGGCAGAGUCGACAUCGCAAUAGAGGUAGCCAAGAACAUCAACCAGGCCAAGACCCUCAGCCUGGAGCACUACGUGGAGGAAUACCACCGCCAUGUUGAGCGUCUGACAGCUGAGGAGAACAAUGCCAAGAGACACACAACAAGCAAGGAAGGAAGCCGACAGACGUUCACAGGAAAGGGAGCCAUACGACAAUUGAGAGACCUCACCAGACAGCACCUGGAGCUGGUGGUGGAGCGUCGGCGAGUGCCCCCCAACCCCCGCCGCCUGCUGGACGGGGUGUGGCCCCUGGUCUAUGGCAUCCUCCUGGGCUUCUCUGGGGCCUUUGUGGCAAGCGUCGCUGCCCUACUAGUGAUUGCACGCAUCUGUGGUCGUCAUCCGAAAUCCUCAACCAACCGCAAAAGAAGAUGUUAUCGUCCAAUAAGGUUCCAUGAGGAAGGAGAUCAACUGAUCGGCGUGAUGACAAAUUCUGAGCCAGCAACGCCUGAAACAACAAAGGACCCUUCUCUCACUGCUUCAUCUUGAGCAAAUCACACUUCACAUUG